AGAUGUCGCCAUCAAAACGUUUGUGGCGCUCUCUAGGACACAGUAGCGUAACUACUUUUAAAAAUGUUGCAUCUUUGUAGUUUUCUUUCAGGAAUUUUCGCUUCCCAAAAAGGAUGACAACCAAACAUUGAUAACUGUCAUCGAAAUAGUUGUCAAACAAGCGUAAACAUUAAAACAAAAAUCCAAGCUAUGGAUAUUUAUACAAAUAUAAAAUUUAUAUGCCACUUAAUUUAAGUGAAAAAGUGAUAUAGAUGCUUUAGAAAGUAAGCUUUACAUCAUGGCAUCGUCACAGGACGCUUGGUACCUUUCGCUUUUGGGUUUAGCGGAAUAUUUCCGUACUUCUAGUCCACCCAUGAUAAAAAUGUGUAUACAGUGUUUACAGGCAGUUUUUAAUUUUAAGCCACCUCAAAGGGUGGAAGCCAGGACACAUCUGCAAUUGGGAAACAUACUUUUGAGUCAUACAAAGAAUAUUGAACUGGCUAAGAGCCAUUUAGAACAAGCGUGGCUGUUAUCACAAGUGAUAAACUCAUUUGAUGACGUUAAAUUUGAGGCAGCAAGUGUUUUAGCAGAAUUGUAUGAGCAACAAGAACAAAUUGCAUUGUCUAAGCCUAUUUUAAGGAAAGCCAUUGAAUUGUCACAACAUAAUGUUUAUUGGCAUUGUAGACUGAUAUUUCAGUUAGCACAAAUUCAUGCAACAGAAAAAGACUAUACAUUAGCAAGUAGUCUUCUAGGUGUGGGUGUAGAUUAUGCCCAUAUUUCAAAUGCAUAUUAUACAAGAGUAUUAUUUUUAUUAAGUAAAGGCAUGCUUUUAUUAAUAGAUAAAAAACUGCAAGAGAUUCAACCAGUACUCAAUCAAGCUGGACAUUUAAUUGACACCUGGACCGGUGCUGUAUAUCAGAAAGAGUACCUUAAAGUGUACUACUUAGUUUUACAAGUAUGUCAUUAUUUGAUGGCAGGUCAAGUAAAAAGUGUGAAACCUUGUUUAAAGCAGCUACAGCAGAGUAUUCAGACAAUUAUGGCUACUGAUGAUGUGUUUAUGGGACCCAGUGCAGGAGACAUGUUUCUGUGGAUGCCAAAGGAACACUUAUAUGUACUUGUAUAUUUGGUGACUGUAAUGCAUAGUAUGCAAGCAGGGUAUAUGGAAAAGGCACAGAAGUACACAGAUAAGGCACUUAUGCAAAUUGAAAAAUUAAAAAUUGUGGACAACAAGCCAAUCCUCUCCGUAUUUCAACUGAUGUUGCUAGAACACAUAGUGAUGUGCCGUCUGGUGAUGGGUAACAAAACGCAAGCGCUCCAGGAGAUCUCGACAGCCGCGCAGCUAUGCCGGCAGUCACCGAAGCUGCUGAAGACACACGGACCUCAACUUCACACGUUACUGGGACUUUAUGCGAUGAGCAUGAAUUGUAUGGAGGCUGCUGAGGCGCAGUUCGUUGCUUCACUUAAUCUUAACCAAGAAGCGUUCUUGCAGAUCAAGAUCAAAGUAAGUUUCAAGUUCAGUGUCACGAGCUUCAAUUCCCUGAAUACGGCCGAGGUGCAGUUUCACUAGAUACAUCACAAGAACGAGAGCUUUGGACCUUUGCAAACCUGAACUUGGCUAUCGUCUACCUUAGAGGACAACGAGAAGCUGAUUUUGUGGCCCUACAUGAUAGAAUCAACCCAGAGAGUCUUCCAUCGCAUUCCCAUAGCCUCAGGGCUGCCGCGUAUUAUGUCCAAGGUCUACAGGCUUUCUUCCAGGGAAGAUAUAAUGAAGCCAAACGGUAUCUUCGAGAAACCUUGAAAAUGGCAAACGCCGAAGACCUGAAUCGACUCACCUCAUGUUCCUUAGUACUUCUAGGACACAUAUUUCUGUCGCUAGGUAAUAGUAGGGAGAGUAUGAAUAUGGUGACGCCAGCAAUGCAACUCGCCAGCAAAAUUCCAGAUGUUCAUGUGCAGUUAUGGGCUUCUGCUAUAUUGAAAGAUCUCCACAGGAUAUGUGGUGAUAGCCAGCGCGAAAACGAGGCCUACCAGCGACACGUCCAUUUCUCACAAAUGCUACUCACCGACCAUUUCCAAGCAUCCCAGACGACAGAACAUAACCUGAUCAUGUGGACCCAAGGACCCCUGCCUCCAGAUAACACCUCAGCAGUGGUGCAUGCACAACCAGGCCCUUCAGCAAUUUUAUAGCAAUAGCCUUUUCGCAUAGAUAAAGCAAAAAAUGUAAAUUAUUUUUUUAUAUAUUGUACGGUAUUGAGUAAAGCGUGGAUUUUAUAGUAUAA